AUGAAGCGGUCAGUUUUGUUCGCGUUGAUCGUCGCCUGCGCGUUCGCGUUGCUCCUCGAGGUGGACGCCGUGCCCGCGGACGAGGCUAAGCAAGUCAAGGAGCCGAAGGAAAUCAAAGAUGCGGCGACCGCCUCGAAGGACGUGAAGGACGCCGUGAAGGCGGCCAAGGAGGCGAAGAAGAACAGGAAGGAUUGCGCGAAGGAAUGCGGAACCGCGUACGAUCCGAUCUGCGCCCACGACCCGAACGACGGCAGCUUCAAACCGAGAACUUUCGGGACCCAGUGCGCUCUGGACGUACACAAUUGCGAAAUGGGAACGAAACUCGUGGCGAAGAGCAAGGGCGAGUGUCCCGGAGCGGGCGGCGUGAGGCUCUCCUGA